CGGAGGCUAGGCGCGGAUGUAGAGUGUAGUGGCCCUGCAUGUACCGCUGAAUGUAUGAGAUAAACAGUAGUACUAGUAGCCUACAUGUAAACAUGUAGCGGUCCAACAAGUGCAAUCAUGGAUGACGCCAGUGCACUCGUUAUUGAUAAUGGUUCAGGUAUGUGCAAGGCGGGUUUUGCUGGAGACGAUGCGCCACGUUCGGUCUUCUCAUCAAUCAUUGGCAGACCUCGCAAUGAUUUGGGAAAUUCAAUGCCUGGACUGACACCGGGAGAUUCUUACAUCGGCGAUGAUGCCCAGAUGAAACGAGGAAUUCUCAACCUGAAGUAUCCCAUACAGCACGGCAUCAUCACAAACUGGGACGAUAUGGAGAAGAUCUGGCACCACACCUUCUACAAUGAGCUCCGUGUGUCACCAGAUGAGCACUGUUUGCUACUGACCGAUGCUGCGCUAAACCCCAAAGCAAACAGAGAAAAGAUGGCACAGGUUAUGUUUGAAACCUUUGAUGUUCCAUCAUUGCACAUAGGCGUCCAAGCCGUCUUAUCGAUUCUGUCGUCCGGCCGAGGUACUGCCAUUGCUUUGGAGUCUGGUGACGGUGUGACGCAAAUCGUGCCCGUCUUUGAGGGUUACGUGUUGCGUAACGCCAUACAGAGGGUAGAUGUUGCUGGUAGUGACCUUACAAAUUACCUCAUGGAGAUCCUGUCAGAGCGGAGAUUUGAUUUCUCAUCAGCUGAUAGAGAGACUGUGUGUGACAUCAAAGAAAAGCUGUGCUAUUCGGCCCAAAACUUCAAAUUGGAACUGUAUAACGCCCGGUACAGCUGGAACCAGGAAAAGAACUACACACUCCCCGAUGGUCAAGUGAUCAGCGUCGGCAGCGAGAUGUUCCGAUGCCCAGAGGUCCUGUUCAAUCCCUCCCUGGCUGGCUUGCACACCGAAGGAAUCCAUCAGGCAGUCUACAACAGCAUCAUGACAUGUGACAUGGCCACUCGCAGAGACCUGUACUGCAAUGUGGUGUUGGCUGGGGGCUCCACCAUGUUCCCGGGUUUUUGCGACAGGAUACAGAAGGAGCUGUGUGACCUUGCCCCCAGCUUUAUGAAAGUUAAGAUUAGCGCAGCUCCAGAAAGAAAACUGUUUACGUGGAUCGGUGGUUCUAUUCUUGCCAGCCUCUCAUACUUUGACAACAUGUGUGUCUCAAAGCAAGAGUUUCAAGAAAAAGGCCCUGCAGUCAUUGAUCAAAAGUGUUUUGAUAGGGCAUUACUCAAAAAAUGAGAUAUUGAAUUUAAGUUUUUAUUUGUAGGGUCGUAGUGUAAUAUCGUACAUCCCAUUCAGAAACUUACUUCAGAUACAAGUACAUGUACGUGCAAUGGCCUCUGUGUACAAGUACCAUUGUAUGACUGCUCGUAAGUGACGGUGUGUUGCACAUUCUACAAGCCAUAAUUUUGCCCAUAAUUAUAAUAUUGAUGAAAUGCAAAACAGGAUUUUCAAAACAGGAUUUUGAUAAAGUUAACUGGAUGCUUCUGCAUGCAGAGAAUGUAAAAUUAUGAUCUUGUCUUCAUUGGAUUUCAAAUAGAAAUUAGCAUUUCAUUGUUAUUAUUCUGCCUGGAAUUUGAAAUCUUAGUCUUAUAGAUUAUUUUUAUGAAUGCAUUUUUUCAGAUACGUAAAAUUACUUUCCAGUAAUUUUUCUGAAAUAUUUAAAAACAGAUUUUCACACUAAAGGUAGUUACUGUAAAUAUUGGAGUUUAGCUAUGACAUGUUGAGAACAUUUGAAUGAUAGCUUUAAAAAUGCAAUUAUAGCAAUAAUCAGCUACAUAAAAUUAUCAAUGAGAAUGGAUUUUUGACAUAUAUAUUUACAUUUUUUUGAAUUAUACAUAACGUUUCAUUUAUUAUUUGAAGACUUUAUAUGCAUAUACUUCAUUUCAAUAUUAAUUUUAGGUAGGAUGUUUAUAAUGCAUUUAGAAAAAUUAAAUAUUUGAAUUUGAACAAAUAAAAAUUAUAAUGGUUUAUGAAUUGUGGUGGGAAGCAUUAAAAAUUAAUCGCUGUUGGUUGUUUUUUGACCCACCCCAUCCACCUUAACCGUACACACCAAUACAAAAUCACACAAAUAAUUUAUGUCACAAAUAAUGCUUUGAAAAGCAACCAAAAGGAGCAACAGCAUAAUUCUUCCCACAAACAUUUGACCAAUAAUGAAACUUGAAUCGUGAAAUACAUCACAUCAAAGGUGUUAAUUUCAACUUCAUCAACUUAGUGUGAAUUUGUUGAAAAGAAAAAAGUCAA